GAAGGCGGAGGGGAGGACAGCGGUGGGGACUGGGUGGCCAACAGGCGAGUGCGGCGAUCCUCGCACAUUGUUAACAACUGGAGCAGCGGCGGGGACGGCAGGUCUUUGCAAUUGGAAUUUUCACCAAAGUGGCCCGAUAGCCAUUGAACAUCAUAUGUCAUUGUUGCCGUCGCGCUCUUGUCGGGUGGAGGAAGGAGUCAUACGAAUCAUUCGGUCAAGGCGCAGCAUCUCAGAGGACCACAGCAUUUGGCGUUGCUGUGACUCAACCGCAAUGGACGGAGGCUGCUUGAACCAUGGCCGACCACACUGCCCGACCCUCGCUGUCUUCUUGUGAUCUGGAGAAAAGGCAAAGUUUGAACGGACAGUCCUGAGAUCGCUUCACAUCUGAGCUUCUCUGCUGCUGUGGCAGACCAGUCAUGGGUCUCCUUUGGGUGCUGUCGGUGUCCAUGAUGACAGCCUGCGUCGCCAUUCCCAUGGACGCGGCGGCAGGGAGCCACAGCUUAUUUACCUGUGAGCCCAUCACGCUGCGCAUGUGCCAGGGGCUCCCGUACAACACCACCUUCAUGCCCAAUGUGCUCAACCACUACGACCAGCAAACGGCUGCCCUCGCCAUGGAGCCCUUCCACCCCAUGGUCAACCUGCAGUGCUCUCCCGAGCUCAGGAUGUUUCUGUGCGCCCUCUAUGCACCUGUGUGCACGGAGUACGGCCGCAUGACCCUGCCCUGCCGCCGCCUGUGUCUGCUGGCCAAGAGCGACUGCUACAAACUCAUGGACAUGUUUGGUGUCAGCUGGCCUGAAGAGAUGGACUGCAACAGGUUCCCAGACUGUGAUGAGUCCUACCCCCGUCCCGUCGACCUCUUGUCCAGUGCGGACACGACCGAGCGCAGCAUCCCCGUCCAGCGAGACUAUGGAUUCUGGUGCCCCCGAGAGCUCAAAAUAGACCCAGAGCUCGGCUACUCCUUCAUGGGGGUCCACGACUGCUCACCACCUUGUCCCAACAUGUACUUCACCCGCGAGGAGUUGACCUUCGCCCGCUACUUCAUCGGGGUGGUGUCCAUCGUGUGCCUGUCCGCCACCCUCUUCACCUUCCUAACUUUCCUCAUUGACGUUUCUCGCUUCCGCUAUCCGGAGCGACCCAUUAUCUUCUACGCGGUCUGCUACAUGAUGGUGUCCCUCAUGUUCUUCCUCGGUUUCCUGUUGGAGGACAGAGUGGCCUGUAAUGCAGCCAUUCCUGGGAGGUUUCGAGCUUCCACAGUGACUCAAGGCUCCCAUAAUAAGGCCUGCACGCUUCUCUUCAUGGUACUGUAUUUCUUCACCAUGGCGGGCAGCGUGUGGUGGGUCAUCCUCACCAUCACUUGGUUCCUGGCCGCGGUUCCCAAGUGGGGCAGCGAGGCGAUCGAGAAGAAGGCCCUCCUCUUCCACGCCUGCGCCUGGGGCAUCCCCGGCGUGCUCACCAUCAGCCUGCUCGCCAUGAACAAGAUCGAGGGCGACAGCGUCAGUGGCGUUUGCUUUGUGGGCCUCUACAACUUGCCGGCGCUGCGCUGGUUCUUGCUGGCUCCACUGGGAGUGGACGUACUGGUGGGCGUGGUGCUGCUGCUAGCAGGAAUCGCAGCUCUGAACCGUGUCCGCAUGGAGAUCCCUCUGGAGAAGGAGAACCAAGAGAAACUGGUCAAGUUCAUGAUUCGUAUCGGUGUGUUCUCCGUGCUCUACCUGGUGCCCCUGCUGAGCGUUCUGGCCUGCUACCUCUACGAGAACAGCCACCGGACCGUCUGGGAGACCACCUGGGUCCAGGAGAAGUGUCGAGACUACCACAUCCCGUGUCCCUACCAGGUGGCACAGAGCAGUCGCCCCAACCUGUCCCUCUUCCUGAUCAAGUACGUCAUGAUGCUGAUUGUGGGGAUCCCGUCCGUGUUCUGGGUGGGCAGCAAGAAGACCUGCUUUGAGUGGGCCAGCUUCUUCCAUGGCAAAAGACGGAAAGACGCCAUGGUCAAUGACAGCCGGCAGGUCCUGCGGGAGCCCGAUUUCACCCGGCUGCUUCUGAGGGACUCGCACACGCCCGUGGCGAGGAAGUCGCGGGGCACGUCCACGCAAGGGACGUCCACGCACGCCUCUUCCACCCACCUGGCCGGGCUCGACGAGCCACCCAGUCGGGCGGACUCGGUCCGCAGCGGCCGCUCCGGGUCAAGCAGUUUCCACGGCAGCCCGCGGCGCUCCCGAGAUGGCAGAUACACAGCCUCCAGCUGCCGAGCCUCAGAUGAGCGCGCCCCCUACGGCAGCACGCCCCACCUGGACGACCCGUUCCAAACGAGACACUUGGAGAGCGCCGAUCGCCCGGAUGGCCUGUCGCGGCACGGCUCCGCCCACUUGCUGGACAUCCAGUCGCGGCACAGCAGCGUCAGGGACCUGAGCUGCGCCCCACAAGCUGCGCAGGGCGUCCCCGGAAAUGGCAUUCACAGGGUACCGGAGGAAGAAAUGGCAUAAACAAUGUUGCAGAAAUGCGGUCGGCCUUACGUUUUCUGACCUCACUAGCCAAUCCCCAAAACUGACUCGAAAAGGAUUUAUGGACUUGAGCCAAUCACACAGUGAUGAGAGAUCCAAAGACUCGCCGGCUACUUUUUAAAAUGGUUUUUAUUGCACAUUUAUGAGACCUCAAUGGUUUCUGACACUCAGCAACUAGUUGGCCUUUAUGUUGAACAGGAGGAUGGACUGAAUCUAGUUCACUGGCUGGCCGCACUGUGCAGGCAUUACUCACUCAUUGGCACAUCAGCUUGUUGAAAUCCCUCCAUUCUGUACAUUUUUAUGCUCAGUGACUCUGCUUGUGAAAGAUUUUUUAAAUGAGCAGCACUGCACAAAAAAAAAAAAGUUGGGAAUGUCUGGGCUGAAUUCAAACUCCUGUCUUCCAGCCUCAACAGCAACACCGGUGAAACUGAUUUACUCAAAGGUUUGCACAUGCAAAAAUGGGAACCGAAUCCAUUGUGUGCAGCAAAUGCUCUAUAAUGACACAGUUCUUACGUCUUUUUCACUUGUGCAAACAUUUCUGAAAUACCAGAAAAAAAUGACAUAUUGUUGAUCAAUCCUGCUAUUUGGGAUCACCAUCUUAUUCCAUCGUGUGCAACAUGCUCUGCUGGGGGCACCCAAUCUGUUAAGAGUGAACACAAGUCGGCAUCCCCUAUUUUGCUAAAUGUUUGCAAGUCAAAUCUGAAUAGGCAUUGCUUGUACUAGUUAGUGAUGGAUAAGGUUUGGUUCAUAGGUCACCUAUAGCUCACUGAACAUUUACCUUACCAAGAGUCCUGCAAUAUUUGUUGGAGCAGAAAUUUUGAAACUGAUUACAAUGAUUAAGAAUUAAAAUAAUUUUCUUGACUUCAUUAACAAA